AUGCCUUUCCAGGUUUCCACCGAUUUGGACAGUAUGAAUCAUCUUCUGAUUCUUAGUCAUCAAAUAGUUGCCAAGUUCAAGAAAGACUGCUUGCAAUCGGGUGUAGAUUUCGGUGCUAUUCUUGCGUCGGCAGCUAGACUUUCAAUAGAAACCGAACCUACGCCAGCAUUACGCGCUCAAGAUGAGGCUGUUUACCGUAAUCUGAUCUACGUUCGGCGAGCAUUUUUACAGCUAUUCUACACAUCAGCAACAUCUGACAUGUUAUCGGAAAUUGCAGCAGGACCCUUGUUUGAUGAUCUCCAACAAGCAGCCACACAACUGGCUCUUAGCAGUGACCAGUCCUGUCAGAAGCUUGCACUCGCCACACUUAGCCGAACAUCAUCUGUAAAUACGCAGUGGUGGCAGAGAACAUUGCGAACUGCGUUGGAGGUUCCGUCGCUAUCGCACAUAAGUUCAUCGGAUGCUGGGAGCUCAGUGGUGGUGCAUGAAGUUGCUUCGACACUGCUUGCUCUUCGUCAAGCCCAUCCUGAGCAAUUCGCCGUCGAUGUGCAAUCUUUGAUGCCUGGCGAGUUGGGGCUAGAAUUGCUAUCCAUUUUAGAAAAUUACAAAUCUCGAGCAUUGGACAAGCAAUUGCUAACCAUGUAUGACAAAAUUAGGGUAGCACAACAGCAACAAUCUUAG